AUAGCAACAUUACGAUAAACAACGUCUCGCGUGUCGCUUACGGAAAAGAUGUAUCGCCUGCAAACCCAGUCGCGUGUGAAGGAUCCUCCAGAUUUUAUUGGCCGCAACCGUCGGGCGGUGGGUAAGGAGGGUAAGGCUGGGGGAAGGCAGUGGCAGGUCAAAGACGAUAAGAUGCAACAGAAAAAGGGGGCCAGCGACACGGUAGAGAUCAGCAAGGGCGAGUUGGAGAAGCUUUUGAGGAUGGCAGUGUCCUUUCAGCCACCCUCACUCACACACAUCAGACCUGACCCUUCCGAGAUCCCAGGACUGCAGGAAUAUUAUCAGAUGCCAGGAAUGCAUAAUCAGAUCCCAGGACUGCAGAAUCAGAUGCCAGGAAUGCAGAAUAAGAUUCAGGGAUAUGCACAGAAAGCGGAAAAGAAGAAAGAUCCGCAGCAGUGUGAAGAAUACUGUCCGUGGGGCCGGCCGGGAGGAGGUGCACCAAUUAGAACAGUGUCUGGUACCUUGCUGACCAACUACUGCACAAGAGGCCAGGAGGUGGAGAAGACAAGGAACAACAUUCCUCAGCAAACCUCCGUCCACAGCUCUUCCCCUCAGAAACCUCAGUUUGCUCGUGGACUGGGGCCUCAUGUUGACACAUUCGUUCUCUCCCAGAGAGAAGAACAGCGGAGAAAGGAGCAGAUGCAUAAAGCAGAGCUAGCAGCUCAGAUUGCAGAGCGACAGAGACAAAAAGAGGCAGAGAAGCGGAGGAAAGAGGAAGACGAGAUGGAGGCAGAGAACAGAGCGAGGAGAGAGCUGGAGGAGAUGAACAGAAGGAAUGAGAGGGAGAGAGAGCUGAAGCAGCAGAAGGCAGUGAGUCUAUUGUGCAGGCGAGAGUGUCAGGGGUUGUGCCGUGGUGUAUGUAGGAAGAGGCCAGACUCUGGCAGGCAGAACUACAGGCACAUAUUCAGGAGGCAGAAGAAGUUGCUGUCAGAGAGAAACAGAAGAGGUUCGCGCAGCAGGUCCAUCAACCUGCGCCUACCUACGGUACUAUGGCAUCACAAAAUCCCAAACUAUCAAGAAUUCCACUCCCCUCGUACCGCACAGCCUCUCGGAGAACUUUCUCGCAAAACUCCAAUUUUGGAGCUCCAACAAAAAGCAGCCACACUAUCAUUGGACCCUCUCACCCACCAGCUGUUGCCAUGGAGAUUGCUAACAGACCCGCCUACCCUCAGCCUCGCCCUCCAUCUCCCGUUGUCCCUGCUCUUGCCAAGAAACUGGGCCUUCCUGCAACCGAUCGCCAGCCACACAUCUCAUCUCCCAAACCUUCCUCUCCUCCACGGAAAUACGCUUUCUCGCUUCAUGUUCAGCCUCCCCAGACCCACCAAUGCACCCUCCCCACUCUCCCUGCUCCUCAUCAGCACACUGGCACACCUUUCCCCCCUCACCCUUCUCACAAUGUUGCCAGGCAACAACAGAUCUUGAACCAGCUUGCUGUCCUCAGAGAGGGAAUUCUAUCACAGAGGAAGUCGGUGGAGCAAAAGAUGAAACUUCAGAGAAGACGGCUCUAAUCAUUGGUGUCUGUAAAUGUGUGUGUGUUAGUAGUUGUUGAUGUCUUCCUGUGUGACAAAUGUAUUGAUGUGGCUCUGAUCUGCUAGUUCGGUUGCCUUCUUCAACUCCUCAUUGUCCAUCAGCCCGCAAGUCUCCAGACCAGCCAGCAGCUGCAGACGACUGGUACCAAUGAACUGGUGUCUGAGGAAGGCAGGCAGACCCAGUCCGUUUGGCAGAGUGUACAGAGGAACUCUUACAACUCCCAGAACCUCGUCUCCCCAUGAUGACGAAGUUGUCAUGGAUAUUUCA